CCACAUCACAAACCAUAUCAAACACAUCCCAUUCCUCUCUCUCUCUCUCUCUCUCUCAACAAAAGAAAAAAAAACAAACACACAAAUUCAUCAAACCGUUACAACAAACAACAAUGGAAAUUGAAACAAACCAACCAUUGGUAGCAAAGAAAAUAUGGAACACACUACGUAUAAUUUUGUUCAUGUUAACAAAAAACAUAGCCAAAAGCAAAAUGGUAGCUGAAUUAAAUCUUUUGCUUAAACGUGGAAAACUCGCCGCCGUCAAAGCUAUAGCCAACACUCUCACUCUCCGCCACCACCACUCGGCCACCGCCUCCUCCUUCGUCUCUCCUCACGACUACGAAUUCAGCUGCAACAACAGCCCCGCCAUCAUAAAAUUCCACAACAAAAAUAAAAACAAUCGUCGUCACCACCACCACCACCAAUACACCGAUUUUUCCACCGUUCAAAAGGUUUUAGAAAUACUCAAUGACGUCGAUGCUUCUUCGUUUUCUUCUCCUUCUCCGUUAGUCACAUUUCCUGGAUUCGGAAAAAGUCCCAUUGGAAAAAGAAUUAGAGUCACCGAUUCGCCAUUUCCUCUAAAGGAAGAAGAAGGUGUUGAUCAUAGUCAUGUUGAUGUUGCGGCUGAAGAAUUUAUUAAGAGGUUUUAUAAAAAUCUCAACUUGCAACAGAAGUUAACCGCGAUUCAAUCGCCUUACAACAACAACUCUCGUGAUAGAUAGAACAUUAUCAAUCGGUCCAGUCAAAUCUUAACACUUGAAUUGAUCUGUUACUCAGAUUUAAUUCAACCGUUAAUAUUUGACUGGAUUUAAUUUGUCACAUGUUACGACCACUUUUUUUUACCAUAUGUAUAAGCACCUUUUAUAUUUUACUACUUUGUCAAGUAAAAAGUCAUGUGAUGGUGGAUCUUAUAGCACGUGAUUUGAUUUACUAUGAUGUUGUGGUUUUGUUUUUUUUUUGCCCCCUCUUGAAUCAUUGUUUUUCAAGAUGGAGAGGUGUUGGUGGUGCUUAUUAUUGUAAUUGGAUAUUGAUAGAGUGUUUAAAUCACACUAUGGUUUUAGAGCUAUGUAAAUCUCUGUUUUUUUGUAUAUAUCUCGUAUAUGUAUGCUUUUCAA